AUGAUAUGGCGGCGCAGAGCUGGUGCUGAAUUGUCCUCUCUGAUGGCUCUAUGGGAGUGGAUAGUACUGAGUCUUCAUUGCUGGGUUUUAGCGGUUGCUGCUGUCUCUGACCAGCAUGCCACAAGCCCCUUCGACUGGCUCCUCUCUGAUAAGGGACCCUUCCAUCGCUCACAGGAGUACACAGAUUUUGUGGACAGAAGCCGACAGGGAUUUAGCACAAGAUACAAGAUAUACAGGGAGUUUGGCCGUUGGAAGGUAAAUAAUCUUGCAAUUGAGAGAAGAAAUUUCCUUGGCUCUCCUCUGCCUCUUGCCCCUGAAUUCUUCCGCAAUAUAAGGCUUUUGGGACGACGACCUUCUCUUCAGCAAAUCACAGAAAAUCUUAUCAAGAAAUAUGGGACUCAUUUCUUGCUCUCGGCUACUCUGGGAGGAGAGGAGUCACUCACAAUUUUUGUGGACAAGCGGAAGUUGAGCAAAAGAUCUGAAGGAAGUGAAACCAGCACCAAUAGUUCAUCUGUUUCUCUGGAGACCUUACAUCAGUUGGCUGCUUCCUAUUUUAUUGACAGAGACAGCACCCUUCGCAGACUUCACCAUAUCCAAAUUGCAUCCACUGCCAUCAAGGUGACAGAAACGCGGACAGGUCCUCUUGGCUGCAGUAACUAUGACAACCUAGAUUCUGUCAGCUCUGUUCUGGUUCAGAGUCCUGAGAAUAAAAUUCAGUUGCAAGGGCUUCAGGUUCUCCUCCCAGACUACCUUCAGGAGCGUUUUGUACAGGCAGCAUUGAGCUACAUUGCCUGUAAUUCUGAGGGGGAGUUUAUCUGCAAGGAUAAUGACUGCUGGUGCCACUGUGGUCCAAAAUUCCCAGAAUGCAAUUGCCCAUCCAUGGAUAUUCAAGCCAUGGAAGAGAAUCUUCUCCGAAUAACUGAAACAUGGAAUGCCUACAACAGUGACUUUGAAGAUUCAGAUGAAUUCAAGUUCUUUAUGAAGAGACUACCCCUGAAUUAUUUCCUCAACACUUCAACUAUAAUGCAUUUGUGGACAAUGGAUUCUAAUUUUCAGCGCCGUUAUGAACAACUGGAGAACAGCAUGAAGCAGCUUUUCCUGAAGGCACAUCGAAUUGUACACAAGCUCUUUAGUCUUAGCAAACGGUGCCACAAGCAGCCUCUCAUCAGCCUGCCAAGACAGAGAACAUCAACCUACUGGCUCACUCGCAUCCAGUCUUUUCUCUACUGCAAUGAGAAUGGCCUUCUGGGAAGCUUCUCUGAGGAAACCCAUUCCUGCACAUGCCCCAAUGACCAGGUAGUGUGCACAGCCUUUCUGCCCUGUACUGUGGGCGAUGCCUCUGCCUGCCUUACCUGUGCACCUGACAACCGCACCCGGUGUGGCACCUGCAACACGGGCUACAUGCUGAGCCAGGGACUCUGCAAGCCUGAAGUUGCUGAGUCAACCGAUCAUUAUAUUGGCUUUGAGACUGACCUACAAGACCUGGAGAUGAAAUACCUGUUGCAGAAAACAGACAGACGAAUAGAAGUCCAUGCUAUCUUUAUCAGCAAUGACAUGCGCCUCAACAGCUGGUUUGAUCCUUCCUGGAGAAAGCGGAUGCUCCUGACCUUGAAGAGUAACAAGUACAAGUCCAGUCUGGUCCACAUGAUCUUGGGUCUCUCGUUACAGAUUUGCUUAACUAAAAACAGCACGUUGGAGCCAGUGCUGGCUGUUUAUGUCAACCCCUUUGGAGGCAGCCACUCUGAGAGCUGGUUUAUGCCUGUGAGUGAGAGCAGCUUUCCAGACUGGGAGCGGACUAAGUUGGACCUCCCUCUGCAGUGCUAUAACUGGACACUGACUCUGGGAAACAAAUGGAAGACAUUUUUUGAGACAGUACACAUCUACCUGAGGAGUCGCAUCAAGGCAAAUGGCCCCAAUAGCAAUGAGAGCAUUUACUAUGAGCCUUUGGAAUUUAUUGACCCAUCCCGGAACCUGGGCUACAUGAAAAUCAACAACAUACAAGUGUUUGGCUACAGCAUGCACUUUGACCCUGAAGCCAUUCGGGACCUGAUUUUGCAGCUGGAUUACCCCUACACUCAGGGAUCCCAGGACUCCGCACUUUUGCAGCUACUAGAGAUAAGAGACCGUGUAAAUAAACUCUCCCCACCAGGUCAGCGCCGCCUGGAUCUGUUUUCUUGCUUGCUUCGUCAUAGACUCAAGCUGUCUACUAGUGAGGUGGUGAGAAUUCAGUCUGCUCUGCAGGCAUUUAAUGCCAAGUUGCCAAACACAGUGGAUUAUGACACAACCAAAUUAUGUAGUUAA